CUGGGGGGAAAAACAAGAAGAAGAGCAAGGUGGACUAGAUGCAAACAGGAAGAUUUAAACCGGCCAGGUUUUGCCCACGCGUCUCCUUAUUGAACAUCCCUGUGUGCUAGAGCAUCUGUGUCCCCAUCAUAGGCCUCAGGGCAGCUGGGAGCCGCUGCAGGAGUUUUGCUGAUCAGCAUGGCUUCAGUAAGCCCAACGAUGACCGUGCUCUCCAUCUGAUGACUAAGUGUGCCCAGACAGUAAUGCAAGAGCUGGAGGAUAUUGUCAUGGCUUAUGGACAGAGUGAUGAAUACAGCUUUGUUUUUAAAAAGAAAAGUAACUGGUUUAAAAGAAGAUCAAGUAAGUUCAUGACUCACGUCGUCUCCCAGUUUGCCUCCAGCUAUGUUUUCUACUGGAAGGAUUAUUUUAAGGACCAGCCACUUCUGUAUCCACCUGGAUUUGAUGGACGAGUUGUGUUAUACCCUAGUAACCAGAAUUUAAAGGAUUAUCUCAGCUGGAGACAAGCAGAUUGCCACGUUAAUAACCUCUAUAAUACAGUGUUUUGGAUGCUUGUUCAGCGAAGUGGCUUGACACCAAUGCAAGCACAAGAGAGAUUACAGGGAACUUUGGCUGGGGACAAGAAUGAGAUUUUAUUUUCUGAAUUCAACAUUAACUACAACAAUGAGCCCUUGAUGUACAGGAAAGGAACUGUGCUAAUAUGGCAGAAGGUUAAUGAGGUCACUACCAAGAGAAUAAAACUGCCAAAGGAAACUGAAGAGAAGGAAGUUGAAGUGACACGAACCAGGACUAGAACUGUCCCACUGCACUGUGACAUCAUUGGGGACCAGUUCUGGGAGGAGUAUCCUGAAAUCCUAGCUGAUAGCUGACCUUCCCAGUUUGACUUCUAGCGCAAAUAAGAAUGAACAGCUUAAUCUGCAUGAGCUGCUGGGAAGUGAGGUGCGGCUGAGCUAAUUUUAUUUUGUAAUUCAGCAUCCACAUUGAGCCAUAAUAUCUUAGAAAUGGUGUCCUUGCCUGUCAUGCAGCUGUGUCUGCCUGCAGAAGCUAAAAUCAUGUAAGGGCAAGAACUUUUAUAAAAAUGACAGAAUUAACCUUUGUAAAUGCAUAUUUGCGUUGAUUAAAAGAGCAUCAUGCAUUUAUGUAGCAUCUUUCACAUUAAAGUCACAGGGUGCUUUAUAGGGUUACCUAAAUCUAUCUACUGUUUGGACCAAUUCAAAACAGCAGGAAGAUUAUUUCUUUAGCUUUGCUUUAGUCUCUGAAACAGACAAGGAAAGUUGGAAUAGUGCUUUGAAUUAAGCUCCAGAUGAGGAAGCUUAGUUAACAAAAUUCUCUAGAAGUCGACAUCUCAGGCUUAUACUGAACAUACAACAAAUUGCUGAGCUAUUUUCUUUAACAAAUUUUAAUGGAUUUUUCUCAUGUGUAAAUUACUUUUGUACUUUUUUUAAAGCUGCAGAAAUGUAAUUCUCCCCUUCUACUCCCAUGUUUAUUCUUCAGACUUUAUUAUCACUGUGAGUUUUAGUGAAGGUCAAAUGGCCAAAUGUUGUAAUAAAGCUCCCUAUCACAGUAGGAGGUAUGUGUAGUAGGUCAUGCUCUCAUUGUUAUGCUAGCUGGGAAACCCUCUGGAUCCUGUUGGCCAGGAUUAGGGAAACCAGCAGCACAGAAAGAGAAAAGAUUUUAUUGCUUACAGUCGGCUUAUGUUACUCGUAUUUGAUCGAUGACUGUUUCCGCUACAGGAAGAGGCAGAGAUGAGUCAUGGAGUGGCUAGUGGGAAAUUACCAGGGUGUAUGUGUACCUGAAGGAAGUUGGUGUCCUGACCUACACACAGGAUUUGUGCUGAUUUAACUGUUUUGGUUAGAGGAAUAUUUAAGUAGAAAUCAGUAUAGUCCCUAGUGUGGACACAAUUAUACCAGUAUACUUAGGGGAAUAAGCUAUACAUGUGCUUAUAUCAGAGUGCUGAUGUACAAGAAUCCACACUAGAAACAGUCCCAUUUUACCUCUACUGGUUUCAAGAUGAUUUUACCUCUACUGGUUUAACCGGUCAGAGACAAGAUAGGGACAUUGUAUCUUGUAUUGAACCAACUGCCAUUGGUGAAAGAGACAAGCUUUUAAGCUUACACACAACCCUUUAGAUCUGGUAAAACUGUGUUGACUAGUGCUUGGUAAGGGAUUGUUCAUGCUUCCCAGGCUGGGGCUGGGCCCAGACAAUGAAAGCAAGGAGCAACUCCAGUAACUAACGAAGGUUGACACUCAUCAUUGUGACUCAUAAUUAACAUUCAAGCCACUUCUCUUCUCCUUUCCCCAAGAUGGGAGCUAAUUUACCCCAGUACAAUGUUUUUUUAAAACUAUUUAUUCAAAUACUUGUUUGGAAAGCUCUAAUAAAAGUUUAGAGUCAAAAUGUCUUA